AUGUCUUGGAGAUGGUGCCUGCCACUGUCAACGCUGCCAAGCAAGUGGCCUCCUCCCCACGAGUGGAGGACUGUGUCGGUUGCAAGCGAUGCGAAACUGCCUGCCCCACUGACUUCCUCAGCAUCCGUGUCUACCUGCAGGAGAAUGAGGAGACACAGUACAGCACUUCCGGUUGCAGAUAUCGUGUUUCGAAAUUCUGCAAACCACAAAUUGAAUGGAUUGCAGGCACUGCGACCGUAUGUGGGCAUGGGGCGCAUCAUCAAACGCACGUCCUGGGGUUCAACACGCAAUUAA